GUCCCCUUCCUCUCGGAAAGACGAAGAACAGAGCGAGACUAGGGUUUCAGGGUUCUCCUCCAUAGGCCUCAGUCUGGAACUUGCCCUUCGAAAUAGACCGGAGGCGGACUGGCGGAGCCCUCCCUCGCUGGUCGAUCCACGGUGGGUGGCUACCGUUUCUUCUCAAUCGGCACCUCUCCGUUGGUUGCUUCCUCAUUCUGUCCAGGAUUCUGGAUACCCACCGAAACUCGAGGUUGCCCCCAGUAGGCGAUGGAGGAUCUCCCGGAGGCGCUGCUGGCAGAGAUCGUCAGGAGGGUUACCAAGAGAAGCGAUUUGAAUUCUCUUUCCCUUGUCUCGAAGCGUCUCUUCGCAAUCGAGGCUGAGCAGAAGGAAUCUAUCCGCGUUGGUUGCAGCCUUUGCCUUAAGACUGAAGAGUUGGUGUCACUCUUCUCCCGGUUCCCCAAUCUGUGGAAAGUAGAGAUCGAUUACGCUGGCUGGACACCUUCCCAUGGGGAUCAGCUGGACAGCCAUGACCUCUUUGUGAUUUUAUCCUGCUGCCCCUCUCUGACUGAUCUCACACUGAACUUCUGUUCGAGCAUUGAUGACACCGGUCUUGGUUAUCUUCGUUACUGCGACAAGCUGGUUUCCCUCAGGCUGAACUCAGCAACAGAAAUAACUUCGAGUGGGCUUCUCUCCGUUGCGGUUGGUUGCAACAGUCUAUCCUCUCUCCACCUUAUCAACUGUGAGAAAAUUGGCAGCACCAAGUCAGAGUGGCUAGAGUAUCUAGGUUUGAAUGGGUCGUUGGUAGAACUUGUAGUGAAGAACUGCUAUGGAAUCAGCCUUUCUGAUCUCCUAAAGUUGGGUCCAGGUUGGAUGAAGCUACGCAAGUUGGAAUUUGAGAUGAAGGGAGGAGUAUGGGACGUUCAUGAGGGAUAUUAUCAUAUGGAAAUGGAUGGUUAGUCAUGAAACUGACUACUGAAAUUUCAUGCUGCCAUGGUUGUUGUUUGGCCUGUGAGCAAGAGAUUUACGAGAAUUUGCCAGGGAGAAGGUUAUUCUUUCAAGGAUCUUCUAGUUGGGUAUUUUCUAAAAAAGUUAUGCUGCAAUAUCUGUCACCAGGAGAGUUAAUACAACUAAUUAUUGUAGCUUUCAUCAAUUGAAGCAUCAACAUUUUGGACUACAUGGUAGGCAACAGUACAGAAAUGUUGGCAUGGCCUGAGAAGCAGGAGGGACAUACAGACAGAAAACCACUUGCAGAGUACUUUAUCCAUUUGUUAAUUCAUACUAAUUUUCUGGAACAAAGGUAAGAUGGAAUGGUUAUUUGUUCUGAUAGGGUGGAACUCAGGAUCCCUUGCCAGAAUAGUAUAUUUGAGGACUGUCAGUCGCUUAUUUGCUAGGUUGGCCUCGCAGAUUGUUGCAGAUGCAGAAUAAAUUCAAAAGAAAGAAACGAUUAUAGAAGGCUACCAUCUUCAAAUGGGAUAGGGUGCACGGCCCUGAAUUUUUGGCAGGUGCUCAGAGUCUUUGUCAUCCAGUCACUCAUGGGGUCAUUGGUAAAAUGUAGCUCAAGAGAUAUCUCUGCAUUGCGCAGUCGGAUGAAACCUCCAUCUCAGAAGGCAAAAAAUAGGAAGCUACCGAGACGAUGGAUGAUAAAUUCUUGUGAAUUUUCGCUGGUAUACAGAGUAUAAGGAGAUCAACCUGGGUGGAUAAAAUUCACUUUACUGUAAACUAAUGUAACUGCUAAUUUCCAUACUAAUUUAUAGUUCAAAUUGGAUAAUCAUCUUGGCAGGAAAUUUUA